CGAUCCAUCAACAUUUCAGACGCGCUUCGUUUCGUGCAAGCAAACCGUAUUCUCUUCUCUUGUCCUCAACUGUAAGUAAUACUUCAAGAAAAAUUCUCUUUAGGUUUUCUUCUUUCAGAUUUGAUUAGUAUUCAUUACACAGUCAAUUCGUUAGUCGUCGUUCAACUCUCUGUUCGCCAUUUUUGGAGGCUUAACGGCAGAGUAGCUCAUUGGCUAUAAGCUCUAAGAUCUUGUACAUACAUAGUAUAUCAAUUGGUAAAAAAAGAAGAAAAAUAUGAGCAGUAGCAGUUCGAUCGGAAUCUCUACUGUGAAACCCUGUUGUAGAAUCUUAAUAGGUUACAGAGGGUCUUCAAUCUUCGGAUCUCAUGCCCGGAGUUUAGAUAACCCUAAUUCGUCGAAAUCUCAUUCGAAAUCGAUCCAUAACCGUGGAUCUUACUGUUCUAGUAGUAGGAAUAGUGGCAGGUCGUCUCAUUGUAUAGUUCAGAGAUGUAUAGCCCACCAACCUAGUAGUGUUGUCCAUGGAGGAAGGGCUUUUAUUAGUAGUGCUUCAGCUUCUUCCAAUAGUAUUAUCCGUUCCAGGAUUUCCGCGGCUGGUUUUUAUGCCGAUAGUGGGAUCCUUAGGAGGAGGGGUGUUUUGUUAGUCCCCAAGGUCGCGUCGGAUUAUAGGAACCAAUCGACGUCUGUAGAUAAUAAUCAUGUCAAUGAGAAAGGGUUCGAGCAGAUUUACAUCCAGGGAGGCUUCAAUAAUGUCAAGCCUCUAGUGAUUGAAGAGAUUGAAAAAAGUGGGAAUAGUGUAGUUUUGAAUGGGUCAGCUGUGGACUUGGAUUAUUUCAAGGAGUUGAAUGAAAAGACAACUCCCCAGGAGAAGGAUGAGCGAGUCGCGUCUGAGAUUGAGAAGGAGGCUUGGAAGUUGCUUAGAGCUGCCACAGUCACGUAUUGUGGCAGUCCAGUGGGGACGGUUGCAGCUAAUGAUCCUGGUGAUAAGCAGCCGUUGAAUUAUGAUCAGGUCUUCAUUCGUGAUUUUGUGCCGUCUGCCCUUGCCUUUUUGCUUAAUGGGGAUGCAGAGAUUGUCAAGAACUUCCUCCUUCACACAUUGCAAUUGCAGAGUUGGGAGAAGACCGUGGACUGUUACAGUCCUGGACAAGGGUUAAUGCCAGCAAGUUUCAAAGUUAGAUCUGUGCCUUUAGAAGGAACUGAAGGAGAGUUUGAAGAGGUGCUUGACCCUGAUUUUGGUGAAUCAGCCAUUGGACGUGUUGCCCCUGUCGAUUCAGGGUUAUGGUGGAUAAUUAUGUUAAGAGCUUAUGGAAAGAUCACUGGUGACUAUACUCUGCAAGAGAGGGUUGAUGUCCAAACAGGCAUAAGACUGAUACUGAACUUGUGUUUAAGUGAUGGAUUCGACAUGUUCCCUACUCUAUUAGUAACUGAUGGCUCCUGCAUGAUUGAUAGACGAAUGGGUAUUCACGGGCACCCUCUCGAAAUCCAGGCUUUGUUCUAUUCGGCUCUAAGAUGUGGCCGUGAGAUGCUCACCGUCCACGAUGGAACCAAGAACCUGGUGGCUGCAAUCAAUAAAAGACUCAGUGCCCUCUCAUUCCACAUGAGAGAGUACUACUGGGUCGACAUGAAGAAGAUAAAUGAAAUCUACCGCUACAAAACCGAGGAAUACUCAACGGAUGCAGUUAACAAGUUCAAUAUCUAUCCGGAGCAAAUCCCUUCAUGGCUUGUGGAUUGGAUCCCUGAGGAAGGCGGCUAUUUUAUGGGUAACCUUCAACCUGCUCACAUGGACUUCAGAUUCUUCACCCUGGGAAAUCUAUGGAGCAUUAUUUCCUCUUUGGGAACUCGUGAACAGAAUGAGGGCAUCUUGGAUUUGAUCGAUACCAAGUGGGACGAUCUAGUUGCACAUAUGCCUCUCAAGAUCUCCUACCCUGCUAUGGAAGGCGAAGAAUGGCGUAUCAUUACUGGCAGUGACCCAAAGAACACGCCAUGGUCGUAUCACAAUGGUGGAUCUUGGCCAACCCUCCUAUGGCAGUUCACAUUGGCGUGCAUCAAGAUGGGGAGACCUGAACUGGCGCAGAAAGCCGUGAGUCUUGCGGAGCAGAGGCUAGCAGCUGAUGGUUGGCCAGAAUACUACGACACUCGUGGUGGCAGAUUCAUUGGCAAACAGUCACGUAACUACCAGACAUGGACCAUUGCUGGUUUCCUGACGUCAAAGAUGCUUCUGGAGAACCCGGAGAAAGCAUCGCUGCUGUUCUGGGACGAGGACUACGAGCUGCUCGAGACGUGCGUUUGUGCAUUGGGUGGGAAAGCCAGUCGCAAGAAAUGCUCGAGGUUUGCUGCCAGAUCACAGGACGGCGCCUGAUCAGAAGGUUCCUUGUUCGUUGGCAACCUGUUGAUGAUAAUGAUGAAAAAGAAGUAAUAAGGAGUGGAGUCACUGCCUACUCCAUUAUCCCCUGUAGCGUAUGGCAAUAAUUUUUUUUCUUGACUCCAUUUUCAUGAACCUUCAUACGCUCCAACAUUGUUUGUUAACUGUAAGCUUUAUUUAUUUAACUUGUGGUUAUGUUAUUCGUUCAUUUGUUAAGUUCUUUUCCUAAACUCUUUUCAGUGAAAGACAUCUCGUAAUGAUCAUUGUGCAAACGUAUGAAUUGCUCGUAGUACGG